AUGUCAAGUAAUGAUUAUUAUAUCAAAGUUCGAAAAGUAUUUAAAAGAGUUAUUCCUGAGGAAAUUGAUGAAGUAGUUUUACAAUAUCAUUUAAAUCCUGGCACUGUUGACAAAUCUCAAAUUCCUCCACCGAGAGCUCUCAGAUUCCGUUAUGAAUACAUUAACGUGGAUCCACACAGGAACUCCAAUCGAAGAAUGAAAAAAGCUCUUUGUGAAGUACCUUACCGCGAUGAAAAUCGUAAAACAUUGGAUAGUUUUAUUUUCUCAUUGACGAAUCGUGCGAAUCCUGUGUUAAGCAGGGUUGUGACGAAUGCAAAGGAUCAAGCAAUUUUUUGGGACGGAAUGAAAGGUCCUUGUUUUGGUGAAACCGAUUUGUGCAUGAAAGCAUCUAUAGAAUCGGCCGAUGCCCCAAUCACUGUUUCGACGACUUAUUCUUCAAUGUCACCAUCAACUUCAAUUCGACAACAUUCUCAAAUUAGCUGGAUUACGAAGCAAAAAAAUUAUCUACGUAAAAUUACUGACACAGAAGUAUUCGAUAUUGAAGAAUAUGAAGUUUUCAUACUGGAUAGCUAUAAUCUACAGGCUGUUCGAAUUGUUAAUGCUAUUAUGAGAAGAAGUUGGGAGUUGGCAAGAUUAGGAUUUGAGCGUGGUUAUGAGCUUUAUUCUGAAAUACCAAAUGAUAA